AUGGCGGAGGAAUGUGUCCCUGAGGAUUUAGACCUGAAAGAGAUGGGUGAGGAGGAGCUGUGGGAGCUGAUUAAUGACAACCGCCAUCGGAUCUCGCUAGGAGUGCGACCGUGCAUCUUGAUCCCGUACCUGAGGCAGGCCAGGGUUCUCAAUGAGAUGGACGAGGACGAGAUCCUUUCCUGCCACAACCUCACAAACCGCUGCAUGAGAACGAGCCACAUGCUGGAUCUGCUGAGAACCCAGGGAAAGAAUGGUGGUAUGGCCUUGCUGGAGAGCUUAAUGAUCCACUACCCAGCACUCUACACCCAGGUGACUGGGCGCAAGCCCAGCACUGAGCCCUCAAGAUUCAGUGGCCUGAUAAAAUACUCAGAGCUGACUGAGUAUCUGGUCAGAGCCGUCACAGGGAUGCAGAAAGAGCUGCAGGAGGCCCGUAACGAGGCCAGCAAAUUGAGAGCACACUGCGCCUCUCUGGAGGCGGACAUCAGUCAGAUGAUGGAGCAGGAGAUGAAGUCCAGAACCCUGCGCACCGACAACGAACGGAUCCAGAGACACUUGUGCUCUUUGCAACGUGAAGUCACCAAGCUGAAGGAUGAGAAGUGUGACUUGUAUAUUCGCUACACAGCAGCAAUCGAGGAGAAAUCAGCUGUGAACGGGCGGCUCCACGAGCUAAACCUUCAGGUGUAUCAGCUGCAGACUGAGCUACAAAAUGCCCAAGCAGAGAAUGAAUUCCAGAGGCAGCAGUCACUCAAGUCUGUUUGUCCUGAGUCACCACAGCUGCAAGAUGAAGCUCGUCAGGACAUCUUGGCUCAAGACCUGGCGGAGGCCAUAGACAGUCAGGUGGAGCUAGCAGAGCAGCUCCGAUCAUACAGGGAGGAGAACGAACAGUUGCUCAGAGACAAAAAAAAGCUCUUGGAUCAGAACGAGUCUCUGAGCCUCCAGGUGCAGCAGCUGACUCAGGACUGCAAAAUGCAGCAGCAGAAGAGCGCUGUGAUCCAGAACCAGAUGAAAGCGCUCCAGGCCGAGAGAGACCAGGCUUAUCAGUCCAGGGAUGAGGCCCAGGCCAUGAUCGCACGUGUCCUGGCUGAGAAGGACACCCUGAGGUGCCAGCUGGUGGAGCUACAGGAGAAGGUGUUCAGCUUACAGAAUAAGCGCAGCUCUACAGAACUGCACCAGAGUUCCGAAGAGACGGAGGGCAGCUGGGAUAGUCUGAGUUCCAGCAGUGAUGAAUGCCCCGUAUCAUCUCGACGCAGACUCUGCCGCAUGGAUGCAAUUAAUCCUUCAAUGGUUUCCUGCAAUUCAGAGUGUGAAGAUGGUGCUACGUGUAGCAUGCGGUCCCGAAACGCUGAGCCUCCCAGUCCGGACUCUCUCCGCCGAAGGAAGGAAAUUCUGUAUGCAGAGAGCAGCUCAGAGGCAGCAGAGACUGACAGUCUAUUGGACGACUUUGUGUUGCUCCCCAGCGUGGUGAACGAGAGCAUGCAGACAUUCAGGCUUUCCUCUCAUAGGAGGUCCAGCUCUCACAGUAUCGUCGUCCUGUCAAGAUCCUCAGUCCCUCCCUUCCUGAUGCGUUCUCGUCCAAAAGCGAUCCGUGUCAGUGGCAGAGUUCUCAGCAUCUCCUUCCAGGGUGAGGCGCUCCUCAGCCAGCUGGCAGUAGUGGGGGGCAAUAAGACGGGAGUGUUUGUGCAUCAGGUGACUGAAGGCAGUGCAGCUCACACUGUUGGCAUCAGCCCCGGGGCUCAGAUAGUGGAGGUGAAGUACGAGAAGAAUCAGAAGGCUCUGAGGAUGGUGCUGGAAGAUUCCACUUUAGAGGAAGCCAUGUGGGCUCUUGGCCAGGUUGCAGGCAUCUGUCAUCUCUCCCUCCGCCCCAGGCAAGAUGACUACGAGGCGCUGCUGCAACAGCUGCAGAGCAGUGAGACAUCAUCAGGAGACUCCUUCUACGUACGUGUUAACAUGUCCCUCCCUGCCGGCCCCGGAGGAACCCUGGCUGUGUCCUGUAACGACAUCCUGCAUGUGACGAACACGCGGCCCGCCGGCACUGAGGACUCGUGGCACGCCAGUCACGUUCACCCGUGUCAGCAGCUGGACCUGCAGAGUGGAACUGUUCCCAAUUAUUACAGGGCACAGCGGCUUCUGAUUCGAGCUAUUGAGGAUAUGAGCUUUGAAGCAAAGAAGUCUGAAAAGGGUGAGCGUGUGAUGACCCAGAAGACUGUGAGGAUUGUCAGCACUGGGCGCCAGGGCAGGAACCCACUGUGGGUCAGCGUGGAGGAGGAGAAGAGCGCGAGUGCAGAGUCAGAUGCAACAUCUGCACCCAAAAGUUGUGUAACUCUCAUGCCCUACACCCUGGUGACGCCACGCUAUCCGCCUGUCUGCAGGCCUGUCCUGCUGCUGCCCUCGGUGCUGGGACGCAUCCUGGACAAGAAGCUGGCCAGCUGGCAGGGCUUUCAGCUCUGUGAGCCUGAGGUGCUGAGCUCCAGUGAGCAUGCAGCUCAGCUACAGAGGUCUGAGAUACUGGAGGAGGUUGAGCAGGGCGGGAGCCGCUGCUACACCCUGCAGAGUGUCGAGAAGGUCAUGAAGAAGGGCAUCCACUGCGUGCUGCCAUUAGGCCUCGACUGCGUGCGCCGGCUGCAGCGCUCUGAGAUCUUCCCCAUUAUCAUCUUCAUUGGCCAGUCUGCACGUAGCGCACGUAAACUGAGGUCAAAGCUGCACCGUCACAGUCAGACAGAGGAGCAGCUGCUGGCGUGUUCGAGGAGCGAGGAGCCGCUGCUGGACAAGCUGCCGUGUCUGUAUCACAGUGUGGAUCCAGAAUCCUGGUGUGACCAGACCUCCCUGCUGACCAGCCUGCGCACCAUCAUCUGGGAGGAGCAAAAGAAGAUUGUGUGGGUGGAGCCUGACCUGUGGUAG